UGGUCAGUUCGGACUUUGACGUGGUGUUGUCCAGCGCCACAGCUUACCAGAGCUCGGACUACCAGCGCCUGGUCCAGCCGAUCAACCGGCGCGCCUUCACCGUCAGUGCCUGGGUCCGCUACACGCGAAGGUCACAGCCUGCUACAGUCUUGUCUCUCUUGGGACUCAAUUCCGCAGACGACUUCUCUAACCCACAAGAAAUCCUGCGCCUCGAGAGUGACCGCGCCGUCCUGGAGUUCGGCAGCUUCCCGACUGACCUCACCUACAACGCUGACGUCACUGACGGCUUCUGGCAUCACGUGGUCUUGACUUGGGAUUCGAACCAGGGCGCUGCAACGGUGUAUAUAGAUGGGCAGCAGGCCAACAGCGUCACUUAUGGGACCCAGCAGUCUGUCAGGCCUUAUGGCUGGCUGGUACUGGGCGGGGUUUACGACUCCGCCUCCGGCCGAGUGGACCAAUCGGGAGGCAUGACUGGACGGGUGAGCCGAGUGUACAUCUCGGACAACGCUCUGAGCAGCGCGGAGGUCGCCGGACUGGUCGCUGACACGACCCAGGUGCCCAACGGGGCCAUCUCCGGCUACACCGUUGCCAUGGCAACCGGGUCCACCGCACCAGUGGACCACAACAGUGACAUCUCCUCCGGGCUUUGCUUCUCCGCCUCCAACUGCAGGAGUAUUGACAGCAUUUCAAGCAACCCCCAGUUUACCUCCUGCCCUGACGACCAAGUGCUUGUCUCUCCUCGCGUGGCCACGCCCACCUGGACCACGCCCAGCGCUAGCUCCGCCCCCGGCACGGUUGUGCGGACCACGACUGUGUCCGGGGCCUCUGAGAUGGGCUGGGGAACAAUGGGCGUGGCCUACGCCAGCCUGGACCAGGAGGGGAACGCCGACGUCUGCACCUUCAAAGUUUACAACAGACGCACGGCGUGCAACCAGCCCACCAGUGUGGCAGGCACCUCCCCACGAUGCUCCAGUGUGGGUGGCUACCUCCGCUGUGACGCCCAGUGCCCCACGGACCAAAAGCUGACCCAGGGGGCGCCGGUCUACUACAGCUGUGGGCCUGGCUCUAUGUUUGACACUGGCAGCAGGGUGCUGAACUUUACCUACCCGGCCUGUACAG